AUGGCUGCAAGCAAGGCAUCUCUGCCGGGAACGCCCGACAGCUCUGUCUCGCCAAGAUCCCAGGCCUCGCCGAAGCAGGAAGGAUAUUUUCCCGCAGGCCAGAAGCAGGCGACUUCCACUGGCCGUGACGGGCCAAAGCUGCCCUUGCGUACAACACACGGCGCCAGAAUUGUCCCCGUCACUGCGGGCGAGAAGUUCCCGGACCUCUUGGACAGGGCUAAGGACUAUGAACCUGCAAACGAUAGCGACGCGAGCGCGACGACGCCCGGUGAUACUGCUCCUAGCCCGGGCAGUAUCAGCGAGCCGCCGUCCAGGAAGGCGUCAAUCUCCUCCAUCUCGUUCCGCCAGCCUUCUAAUCCAUUGCUGCCGCAAGGUGUUAAGAAGAAGCCUCUGGAUGCUAGCAGACGAAGGGCUGCAUCUCCUCCACAUCGCAGGUGA